AUGGCUGCCCUCCGUGAUUUGCAGCUUGCUGUAUCCGGGAGGCGGUCUUCGAAGGUUUGCGCGCGGUGUCGGCAAAGAAAGACGAAGUGUGACUCUGGGUAUCCAUCUUGCAGCGCUUGCAUGAAAGCCGGCGCGGUUUGCCGUGGCUUCGAUUCGCACGGCCAUCAAGAUCUGCCCCGGAGUCUACUCAGGGCACUUGAGGACCAGGUCACCGAACUUGAGCGGCAGGCAUCCAAACUUCACCAUUCGCCUGCCAAUAUCACUCUGGCUCUUACCUCAAAACUGGCACAAGCAACAUUGCUGGCUGACACAUCGGGCCUACGUCCUUUUUUUCUAUCUAAUACUACAUCUUCGGUGUUGUCCAAACCUAGUUGCCUUCCUCUGGCCGUUUGUCAUCUUGCUCUUAAGCCAUCAAGCAGCAGUGGAGCUGAUGCUGUUCAAAGUCAACAACAACAAUGCCUAUCUUCCACAAACCUUAGACGCAUUCCAUACGCAGCAAUCGAGCAGAUGCUAUCCAACUAUACAAACAUUCAUCUGCCGCAAUAUCCCUGUGUUUCUGAGCAAUAUAUCUACGAUGCCGUAGGUCGACUUAUGUCGGUGCACGAUGGCGAUACGGAUGCCGUCCUGAGCCUUGGAAUUCCAGCCUGUUCCGAUCUCACUCAUUACGACUACUUUAUGGUCUUUAUAGUGUUUGCGGUGUCGUCUCUUACUCUCACAUGGAAGAACGAACACCAAGCGAGAACGGCAUCGAAUGCCUUUUUUGAUACCGCUCUGCAUCACUUACGCCUAGCACCUGAGGUGACGGAUAUCCAGCGACUUCAAACAUACCUACUACUAGCACACUACGCAAACUUGAAUCCCAGCAGGGCAGAUAACUGGAUGUGCAUCUGGAAUGCCACAAGGAUUGUUCUGGAUCUGGGGCUUCACAAACAGGCCUCUGUAGUACUUCUACAGGACGAAAUAGAAGAAGCUGCAUUCCCAAACAAGCUGUUUUGGUGUACGUAUGGCAUGGAAAGAUCGCUGAGCGCUACUGUGCGUCUCUCGCUGGCACUCCCGGAAGACUCCAUCACAGCAUCGCACGAUACGGAUUGGGACGCAGAUACAAAGUAUGCCUCAGCCAGCCAUCUAUACAGAUUUCGUGCUUUGGAAACCGAAGUUCAUCGUACCCUAUAUCUUCAGCAAGACACAAGACACAGAAGCAGGACGGAUCUCAACUCCUGGAUCGGUGAUAUAAUCCAUCGUCUUGACGCAUGGCUAGAAAGAGCCACCGAAUUCUCCAAGUACCAGAUGUUGGAGUUCAGGAUGGUUCAAUACGGCCUUCUGAAAGCUAGGCUUUUUCGUCCCUCGCCAGGAUUAGAGUGUCGCACUGCAGAAGACCGUGAGCAAUGCUUUAAUGCUUGCACCAUAUUAGUUGAGGACUAUCAGCACCAAACAAGGAGGAGACGGUUGUUCUAUCCAUGGCAUGGCGUGCACAACCUUUUCGAAGCGGCUGUAAUCAUGCUUGAAUCUUGCUGGGCACUGAGGGACUAUGAACCACUAAGAUAUCAGGCCCGGCAUAUUCUAGCCGUCACGUUACCAGACUGUCUAACUCUACUAAAUAAAGUGGGCGAAUCGUGGCAAGAGGCAACGUUAUGUUCUGUAUACCUCAGUCCCAUUUUGGAGGAAACAGCCCGUGCUUACAGUGACAGAGCGCUCGCGCAAAUGAAUGCAGAUAGAAUUGCGGCAGAGUCUAUUACCACAGGAAAACUCCGGAAAUUGCUUUUCCCAGAUGGCCCGCUUCUUUGGGAAUCUCGUUCGACUUCAUUUGAGCCAACAAAAGAGGAUAGUGCUGAUGCACAUAUUGCUCUGUCCCUUGAGCCUGUGGUUUCCACUGGUACCCAGGAAAUUGACUGGGAUGCAUACUGGGAACAUGUACAGGAUUUGUCUCCAAUCUGGACGGGCGCUCAGGCUUCAGAUGUUAUGAAAUUAUCGGAUGCAUUAUGA